UGGUGGCAAGAGCUCUAAGAAUAAACAGGCACGGUGAUGGAUAGAAUUACCUCGGCCUCCAAGUCCCCUGCUUUCUGACCUACACGCGAUUAUAUCGGGAGGAAAUUUCCAUCAGGAUCCGUUCUUUCCAUCAAUCUGGGCUCAGGGCUCCUCUCUCCUUCGCUUUAGCCCUCUGUCAGAAGAGCACAUGCAGCCUCCAACCCCCUUUCUGCCUUGUUCACAAACAAGGAGCUGUGAAUCUGCAGUUUUUUAAUCCUGUGGCCUUUUUUGGGGGGGUGUGGGGUGAGGUAAAUUACAAGUUCACUGUAAUUUCGGUGAGGGGGAACUGAUUUUUCGAGGCCACAACAUCCAUGGGUACCCUAUGCAAACUGGAUUAACAGGGAAAAACAGUUUCAUUUCCACAGGAAGGAUAUCAGUACAAACAUUUUAACAUACAAGGGAUUACAGUCAUAGUCCUCGGUGCAUCAUGGCUGAGGUCUCGGCCGAAGUUGCAGAACCAGAACCAACAACCUCCACAAUCAACAGUAAGAAUGGGGAAGUGGUCUCACCCCUGUCUGAGGCACCUGCAAGCAAAGACCGGAAAGCUAUCUUCAGAUUAUGGUUGCCAUGGCUGCUGGUCCUUGUGGGCAUUCUUGCUUCUGUGGGUGCUGCUAUCAUCAUUUUUGAUGGAGUUGAUUAUAAAAGAUUCACAGGAGCACGGGUGCCCAUCAUCUUUGACAUCAAGGAGGCAGAGAGCCUCACAGGAGGAAUUUUUGCAAUGGAUUUUGAUCCCACAAAGGUUGUCAAUGAUGCGGUGGAGGAGAUAGCCGACUUGAAAACCUCAUUCCUGGCCAUUCUAUCCAAUGUGUUAAUGGAUGAAGAUGACUCACCCAAUGCAGUGAGGAAGAAAGGUGAAUUUCUUCCACCCCGGAGGCCAAUAGAAGGAGACUAUCUUCCUGCCAAGAAGAAAGAGCCUGAGGUUUCUAAAGAGGUCAAACCAGCUUCCGUAAAGAAAGAAACACCUGAGGUUCCCAAGGAGAAGCCAGCCCCUGCACAGAAAGAACUCGAGGUUCCUAAAAAAGAGCAUGUUGAGGAAAAACCUAAAAAGAAAGAGUCCGAGGUUCCUAAUGAGGUCAAACCUGCUCCCGCACAGAAAGUUCCCAAAGACAAGGUGAAGCCAGCCCCUGUACAGAAAGAGCCUGAAGUUCCUAAAGAGAGGGUCAGACCAGCUCCCAUAAAGAAAGAAACUCCCAAGGUUCGCAAAGACAAGGAGAAGCCAACCCCUGUACAGAAAGAACUUGAGGUUCCUAAAAAAGAGCAUAUUGAGGAAAAACCUAAAAAGAAAGAGUCCGAGGUUCCUAAAGAGGUCAAACCUACUCCCUCGCAGAAAGAAACGCCUGAAGUUCCCAAAGACAAGGUGAAGCCAGCCCCUGUACAGAAAGAGCCUGAGGUUCCUAAAGAGAGGGUCAGACCUGCUCCCAUAAAGAAAGAAGCCCCUGAGGUUCCCAAAGACAAGGUGAAGCCAGCCCCUGUACAGAAAGAACACAACGUGUCAAAGGAAAAGCCUUGGUUUGUCCCUCCAAAGCGAGGGCCUUUUGUGAUGGAUCUUCUAAUUCAAGCAGCUAAAGCAGACAAAGAUGCCAAGGAUAAAUUAUCCAAAUCUGAGGUUUCCAAGGAGAAGGUUAAACCAGCUCCUGUACAGAAAGAACGUGAGGUUCAAAAAGAAGUUAAACCCACACCUGCAAAGAAAGAACCUUGGGUUGCGAAAGAGAAAGUUAAACCAGCACCCGUAAAGGAAGAACCUGAGGUUCCAAAAGAGAAAGUUAAGGAAGCUCCUGUAAUGAGAGAACGUGAGGUUUCAAAAGAAGUUCUCAAAUCAGCACCGGUAAAGAAAGAACCUGAGGUUCCAAAAGAAAAAGUUAAACCAGCAACUGUAAAGAAAGAACCAGAGGUUCCGAAAGAGAAAGUUAAAACAGCUCCUGUAAAGAAAGAAUCUGAGGUUUCAAAAGAGAAAUUCAAACCAGCUCCCGUAAAGAAAGAACGUGAGGCUCCGAAAGAAAAACCUGUACCUGUAAAGAAAGAAGCUGUGAUUUCAAAAGAUAAAGUUAAACCAGCUACUGUAAAGAAAGAACCUGAGGUCCCUAAAGAGGAAGUUAAAGCAGCUCCUGUGAAGAGAGAAUCUGAGGUUACAAAGGAGAAGGCCAAACCAGAUCAUGCAAAGAAAGGACCUGAGGUUCCAAAGGAGAAAGUUAAACCAGCCACUGCAAAGAAAGAAUCUGAAGUUCAAAAAGAAAAAGUAAAAAAAGUUCCUAUAAAGAGAGAACCUGAGGUUUUAAAAGAGAAAGUUGAACCAGCUACUGUGAAGAAAGAACCUGAGGUUCCAAAAGAGCAAGUCAAACCAGCUCCUGUAAAGAAAGAACCUAAAGUUCAAAGAGAAAAAGUUACACCAGCUCUUGUAAAGAAAGAACCUGAGGUUCAAAAAGAGAAAGUAAGACCAGCUCCUGUUAAGAGAGAACCUGACGUUCCAAAAGCAAAAGUUAAACCAGCUCCUGUAAAAAGAGAACCUGAGUUUCUAAAAAAGAAAGUUGAAUCAGCUACUGUAAAUAAAGAACUUGAGGUUCCAAAAGAGAAAGUCAAACCAGUUCCUGUAAAGAGAGAACCUGAGGUUCUAAAGAAGAAAGUUGAACCAGCUACUGUAAAGAAAGAACCUGAAGUUCAAAAAGAAAAAGUUACACCUGCUCCUGUAAAGAAAGAACCUGAAGUUCAAAUAGAAAAAGUUACACCAGCUUCUGUAAAGAAAGAACUUGAGGUUCCAAAAGAGAAAGUCAAACCAGCUCCUGUAAAGAGAGAACCUGAGGUUCUAAAGAAGAAAGUUGAACCAGCUACUGUAAAGAAAGAACCUGAAGUUCAAAUAGAAAAAGUUACACCAGCUUCUGUAAAGAAAGAACUUGAGGUUUCAAAAGAGAAAGUCAAACCACCUCCUGUCAAGAGAGAACCUGAGGUUCUAAAAAAGAAAGUUGAACUGGCUACUGUAAAGAAAGAACCCGAGGUUCCAAAAGAGAAAGUCAAACUAGCUCCUGUAAAGAGAGAACCUGAGGUUCUAAAGAAGAAAGUUGAACCAGCUACUGUAAGGAAAGAACCUGAAGUUCAAAAAGAAAAAGUUACACCUGCUCCUGUAAAGAAAGAACCUGAAGUUCAAAUAGAAAAAGUUACACCAGCUUCUGUAAAGAAAGAACAUGAGGUUCCAAAAGAGAAAGUCAAACCAGCUCCUGUAAAGAGAGAACCUGAGGUUCUAAAAAAGAAAGUUGAACCAGCUAUUAUAAAGAAAGAACCUGAAGUUCAAAAAGAAAAAGUUACACCAGCUCUUGUAAAGAAAGAACCUGCAGUUCAAAAAGAAAAAGUUAAACCAGCUUCUUUUAAGAAAGAACUUGAGGUUCCAAAAGAGAAAGUCAAACCAGCUCCCGUCAAGAGAGAACCUGAGGUUCUAAAAAAGAAAGUUGAACCAGCUAUUAUAAAGAAAGUAACUGAAGUUCAAAGAGAAAAAGUUACACCAGUUCUUUUUAAGAAGGAACCUGAGGUUCCAAAAGCAAAAGUUAAACCAGCUUCUGUAAAGAAAGAACAUGAGGUUCCAAAAGAGAAAGUCAAACCAGCUCCCGUCAAGAGAGAAUCUGAAGUCCAAAGAGAAAAAGUUACACCAGUUCUUUUUAAGAAGGAAUCUGACGUUCAAAAAGCAAAAGUUAAACCAGCUCCUGUAAAAAGAGAACCUGAGGUUCUAAAGAAGAAAGUUGAGCCAGCUACUGUAAAGAAAGAACUUGCAGCUCAAAAAGAAAGAGUAAAACCAGCUCCCAUAAAGAGAGAGUUUGAGCUUCCAAAAGAAGUAGUUAAACCAGCAUCUGUAAAGAAAGAACCUGCGGUUAUAAAAGCGAAAGUUACACCAGCUACUGUAAAGAAAGAGCGUGAGGUACCGAAAGAAGUUAAACCUGCAUUUGUAAAGAAAGAAACGGAGGUUCCAAAAGAGAAAGUUGAACCAGCCACUGUAAAGAAAGAACCUGAAGUUCAAAAAGAAAAAGUCAAACCAGCUCCCAUAAAGAAAGAACCUGGGGUUCUAAAAGAGAAACUCAAACCAGCUCCUGUAAAGAGAGAGCAUGAGAUUUUGAAAGAUGUUAAACCAGCAUCUGUAAAAAAAGAACCUGAAGUUCCAAAAGAAACAGUCAAACCAGCUCCUAUAAAGAAAGAAACUGAGGUUCCAAAAGAAAAGGUCAAACUGGCUACUGUAAAGACAGAAUCAGAAGCUCAAAAAGAAAAAAUUAAACAAGCUCCUGUAAAGAAAGAACAUGAGAUUUCGAAAAAGAAAGUUAAACCAGCAGCUGUAAAGAAAGAACCUGAGGUUCCGGAAGAGAAAAUCAAACCAGCUUCUGUUAAGAAAGAGCAUGAGGUUCUGAAAGAAGUUAAACCAGCUCUUGUAAAGAAAGAACCUGUGGUUCCAAAAGAGAAAGUAAAACCAGCUACUGUAAAGAAAGAGCCUGAGGUUACAAAAGAAAAAGUAAAACCAGCUCAUGCCAAGAAAGAGCCUGAGGUCACCAAAGAGAAGGCCAAACCUGCCCCUAAGAAGAAAGUACCUCAGGUUCCCAAAGAGAAGGCUAAACCUGUUCCUGUAGAAAAAGAAGCUGCAGUACCCAUAAUAAAAGCCAAAUCUCAUGUAAAGACAGAGCCUAGAGAAAAGGUUAAACCAAUGUCUAUAAAGAAAGAGCCUGUGGUUUCUGAAGAGAAAGUCAAACCAGCCACUGCAAAGAGAGAACCUGAGGUUAUGAAAGCGAAAGCCAAACCUGCUCCAGUGGAGAAAGAACAUUCAGUUCCAAAAGAGAAAGUGAAACCAGCUCCUGUAAAGAAAGCACCUGAGGUUGCCAAAGAGAAGGCCAAACCUGCUCCUGUAAAGAAAGAGCCUGUGACAUCCAAAGAGAAGGUGAAACCACCAGGUACUGAAAACUGA